UGGACGCGCAUGCGCACUAAAACAAGGAGCAAUACACGAAUUCGCAAGUAACUUUUAAAACAAGUAAUGUGUUUUGUUAUUUAUCGUCCGCGAAAGUGGGACCAGGCUGAGGGUUUGUUUCAGCGAUGACGUAAACUGGGUCCAAAUGGGAGUUAGUGACGUCGCACAUCCUCUGUUUCACAGGAAGAAGUUGCACUUUUCUGCAAAGCUAUCCACUGGACCGUGCCAAAAUCUCAUCGUCAUGACAAAGGAAAGUCUAAUCGCAAAGAAACACUGGACUGUGGCAACAGCGGCGGUGCUUGCCUUGUGUUUCAUGUCAUCUUUUAAUGCAGAACACCCAUCUUGUCAUGGAGCUUACGACCUUUACUUUGUUCUGGACAGAUCUGGGAGUGUUUGGACUGACUGGGAUCAGAUUUAUGACUUUGUCAAAAAUCUUACAGACAGAUUUGUGAGUCCAAACAUGAGAGUAUCCUUCAUAGUGUUUUCAUCAAAAGCAGAGCUCAUGUUACCUCUCACUGGAGACAGAGCAAAAAUUGAUGAUGGCCUGAAGCGUUUACGUGAGGUCAAACCAACAGGUGAAACCUAUAUGCACGAAGGACUGAAAUUGGCAUGUGAACAAAUGAAUGGACAGGUUAAAAAGUCAUCUAGUAUAAUUGUGGCCUUGACUGAUGGAAAGCUUGAACCAUAUAUCCACCAACUUACUAAGGAUGAGGCUGAUAUAGCAAGGAAGUUUGGGGCUCGUGUGUAUUGUGUUGGUGUUAAAGACUUUGAUGAAGAACAGCUUGCCGAUGUUGCUGAUACCAGAGAGCAAGUGUUCCCAGUCAAAGGAGGCUUUCAAGCUCUCAAAGGCAUCGUUAACUCGAUCCUCAAGCAAUCAUGCACGGAGAUCCUCACGGUGGAGCCAUCCAGUGUCUGCAUGAACCAGUCCUUUGAUAUUGUUUUGAGGGGGAACGGGUUCACACUGGGGAGACAAGAAGGAGUACUUUGCAGUUUCAUUGUGGAUGGAGAUACUUACAAUGAAAAGCCAAGCAAGGUGAAGGAUGACUAUGUCCUGUGUCCCGCUCCUGUGCUGUAUUCAGUAGGACAAAAAAUGGAGGUUCUGAUCAGUUUGAACAGUGGGACAUCGUAUCUGACAAGUGCUUUCACUAUUACUGCCUCCUCAUGUUCAGAUGGCACAGUGGUGGUCAUUUUGAUCUUGGUGGUACUGACUCUGUUUGCUUUGGCUCUGAUCUGGUGGUUCUGGCCCCUCUGUUGCAAAGUCGUUAUUAAAGACCUGCCCCCUCAAAGACCACCACCACCUCCCAUGGCAGAGCCAGACCCUGAAUCCAGGAAGAAGUGGCCAACUGUGGAUGCAUCUUACUAUGGGGGAAGAGGAGCGGGUGGAAUCAAACGCAUGGAGGUACGUUGGGGAGAAAAAGGGUCCACAGAAGAGGGGGCAAGACUAGAAAAGGCCAAGAAUGCAGUGGUGUCAGUGCCAGAGGAGGGUGAAGAACCUAUGAUCAAAAAGCCAUCCCCAUCCUCUACCACAUACCAUCAGUAUGAAUCCAAAUGGUAUACUCCUAUCAGGGGCCGCCUUGAGGCAUUGUGGGCUCUUUUGCGGCGGCAAUAUGACAGAGUAUCACUCAUGCGUCCCAAUACUACAGAUCAGGGACGGUGUAUAAAUUUCAGCCGUGUGCAGCAUCAAUAGACGACAAUCUCCAGUCCUUGCAAUAUUUGGACUUCCAAUUAUAUCAGAUGGGACAACAGAAAAAAAAAAUUCCUCUUGAUGACAUAGCUUGUCUUUGGCCACAUAUGGAUAUUUUAGUUGGUGUGAUGCACAAAGGAAAUCCAUUUUGCUUAAAACUUAAAUGAGUAUAAUAUGGUAUUGCUAAUGCCACUAAUGUCAAAGGGAUGACAAAUACAUAAAAAAAAAAGUGUUUGAUUUUGCUGCAGAUCUGGUUAGCUUUUAUGCACAGCACAGACAUUGUGGGGGGGGGGGGGCAAAUGACGGACACAGACGGCUAUUAAAAAAAAAAAAAACUGAAUGAGAUAAGGCUGUUUGCCGUUGGCUGGGAAGUAGAACUAAUCCCAGUAGGCUCACGGAGUGCAGAAGUACUUUGCCUGUUGGCAAUGUCUCUUCACAAAAAUCUCUCCAAGCCCACUAUCAACGGAUGCCUAGCGGGGUUUCUUUGACUGGAGAUCUUGUCAUUUUAACACUGAGAAGUGCACACGCAUGACAAAUUGUAGACAGAACACCCUAAGGUAUUGGACGCAGUAAGACUUUGCCCUUUAGUUUGCGAAGACACCUUCGCUCUAUGCAAGCACAGCACAGAGAAAUUAAUAGAGCGUUAUCGCACUGCAAGACACCCUGUGACCAAAGUGCUCCGGCAAGGUUUUGAGGGACAGAUUUCCCUCUGGUUGAUGCUUCCUCUCCACUUAUUUGGCAGUCUGUUCUGUGCUCACUAACACAUAGACCAUCACAAUUCAUACACAUGCCCAUAAAGGAUUUAAGACCAAAAUACAGCUGUCUGCUCACUGCUCUUAGCACCAGGCCCCCAAGAAAUUUGUCCAGAAGUUUUUGGCACAGGAAUAUGAAAGUUUCAUUGAACUAAUUAAAGGCAACUGCAAGCAGCAGCCUCUGAAGGUUUUUAUGAGGUACAUCUUUGAAUGACCUCUCACAAGACUUGCCUUAAUAAAAAUUAAACAGCUUCUCAGCUCUGAUAACAUAAAGCUCUCAUCCAAUUGACUCGAAAGAUCAAACAGAAAGGGGCGACGGAUGGAUAAAUAUUGUUCAUUUCCAGAAAUGAUCCACAUUGUACUCUUCCCCCUCCACUUGCGCACAGAAAAGCGAGCAAUAUAUAUUUAUUUUAGAUUUCUUUAACGCGCUGUCAUGACGACGAUCGCGAAUGAUGUCAGUGUCAAUAGAAUCACUGUGGGGGAGGAAGGGGGCGGCAGCUGAAGAAAAAGGCUCGAACGAUCCAGUCACUUUCGAUACGCUACUUCAGAUGCAAAAUGGAUAUUCGAGUCGAAAUCUGACAAAGCGUGCCGGCUUUGACGGGAAGUGGUAUAGACAAUGACCAGUGGCUGGGUCAGUGGGAUGUCUCGGUGCAAGCCGAGAAGCUUAUCAAAUGACACUAAAAAUAAGUCCAACAACCAUCAAGUUUGAGGGGGGAACAGAAUGGGGCGCGGUGGCUCACAUUUGGUGGGCAUGCAAGUGUGCAAGAUGGCAGAACCAUUGGGGGAAAAAUCCCUGGUUUAAUUAUUCCUUUGUUGCUCAUCAUAAUUGUAGGGACAUUCAUUAUUACUCCCCUCCACCCCCAACCCCUCCCCAUAAAUGAUUGAACAAUAUACAUAUUAAGAAAAGUUUAAACAUUGAAAUAAUUCUCUGAGUGGCACUUAGAAGUUAAGCAAUUGCACUUCUUGGACAGCUAGGUGAGUUUAAUUUUCAGUAUUAUUUUGUAUGUAUUUCCUUAUGUAUGUCAGAGAUCACAGGAUAUCUAUUAACUGUUUUUUUUUUUAUUAUGUUUUUUUUUUAUUAGAUUUUAGUUAAACCUGGCUCACUAUCAUAACCAGCUCCUUACAUAACCAUCUUUCCACCUCAGCCACAUCAGAACAUUGCAUUCUCUUUUUCUCUUGUUCUCUUGUUAUCUUUACCAUUUAUCCAUAUAUAUAUAUAUUUUUUUUUGUUUGUUUGUUUGUUUGUUUUUACAUGUUUUUAUAUUUAUGAUUUAUAUUCACUCUGACUGUUGUAAAUGUAAGGUUUCUGUUUGUGUGUUUUAUGGUUGUGUGUGCCAAAUCAUGUUAACUGUUAACUGAUUUUAAACUUGUCAUAUUUGUGAAGAAUAUUGUUUAUUAUUUGUCAUUUUUAAUUAAGAGCACCAGUUUUAAAAAAUAAUAGUAGUAUUUUAUAUAAAAUAUGUUAUGGUUGAUUACAGCAUAAAGUUGUAUGCAUAAUAUAAUUAUAAAAAAAAAAUUUAACAACUGAAUGUUGACAACUGUGCACAAUGUUUUGUAAAUUUAAAUCAAAGUAAAAAUGUAUUAAUAGUGAUAAUUAUUUAAUGUACUUAAAGCCCAAAAUAAUCUCCUUUUUGAUAUUGAUUUUGUAAGUUACAGUAGUACAUGCAGCCCUGGUGACCGUGUGCCUCAUGUACACACUGCAGUUUGGCCAGUGCAUGUAAUUUAUAUUGUAAUUUAUUUCCUUCAUAGUCUAUAAACAAAUAUGGAAUAACUACCAUGUUUUCCUAUUAGAUCCAUAUGUUUAUUUAUAUUGCCAGUGUAAUGUCAUUUCAUAAUUUGUUCUUAAAAUAUUGGCUCAUCAGAUUUAAUAAGUGUAGUGGUUAAAAAGUACUACUAAAUGAGUAAUAGUAACUAAAUAUAUAUAUAUAUAUAUAUAUAUAUAUAUAUAUA